UCCGCUGCCAAGUGCCGGGGAACCGAGCAGCAGAGAGGUAACGGGGGAGCUGUUACUAGCAUGUUGGACCGUGUUAUCUACAAUGAUUUCAUCACGUAAGGAUUGGAAAAAUGGAUCCUCUUUCAACAUGAAGCUGGACUGAUAUUAAGGAUGGGGUGCCGUGCAGGCUGCUGACGAGAAGGGAUGCAACGGAGGAGGUCAUUUUCCCGGACAGGGAUGGAGGGAGGCAACGGCCCCCGCAGUGUAGUGAGAGGAGCAGAGUGAGCAACCGAGCAAUACAGAAGGACUUCCGGAGUAAAUUUUCAGAUUAAAACGCCGUGACGAAAACAGGGUUUGAUUUGAUUAGAAUUUCAACAUAAUACUUGAACCCACGCUCUUAAUAUCUUAACACACGUAGAAGUUAAUUGCUUACCAAAAAGUCUUCAUAAAUUCUCCUCGAAUUAACUCAAGUGUAAAAACAUCCAGCUUUUACUUUGACAGUGUUCCAAAGCCAGCGGGUGUCAGCGGGCGGCAGCUUGACUCGCACUAGACGGGGUGAAGUUACAAAGCCUCGGACCAAAACAAGACUUCACAGCCUGUAGCGGACAACGACGCCUUGUUAUGAAUGGGACCUACCUCGUCUCCCUGCGUGUUCUUCGACUCAAAUGCCUUCAAACCCGCAGGAUUCGUCUUUUAUCUCAAAUCGGAGCACCCCAUGGAAAAAUACGGUUUGCCCUUUAGAAUCAGCAUGGACCGUCCAACACUGACAAACAAAAAGAAGCUCUUGUAGCCGGAGGAGGAUUGCCUUCUCCUACUUUCUGUUUGGCUCAAUGACGGGACCCAACUCCCCGAGCCGGGCUGGGACCUCCCCGGCCAAGCUGAGCCGGCACGGCCGCUCCAAGAGCACCAGCGCACACUGCCUCCUCCGCUGCAGCACCCAGGAGGAUUCGUCCACGUCUCCCCCUAACACCGGUUCACGGUCCCCUGGGGAGGAAGAGGAGAAGGAUGGAGGGAUUCUCUUCUAUGUGAACAGGACUGGUUUUCCCAUCGAGAGCGUGACCUGGGAUAGGAUGUGGUCCCACGUGGCUGCUGUGCAUCCCGAGGGACAGGAGAUGGUGGAUAGGAUACGUAAUGCUGCAUACCUUCCCAAGCACUCUAUUCCUUCAGUCCCGACCUUCAAGCCGUCCAUGUCCGUCCCUGAUUGGCUGGUGGCCGUCCAGAACUUCAUGAAGACUCUGCAAUACAAUCACACAGGAACCCAGUUCUUUGAAAUCAAGAAGAGCCGUCCUCUCUGUGGGUUAAUGGAGACGGCAAGAGAGAUGAUCAGGGAGUCUCUGCCAAUCAAAUGUCUCGAGGCCGUCAUCCUGGGAAUCUACCUGACCAACGGCCUGACGUCUCUCGAGCGUUUCUCCAUCAGCUUUAAAACCCAGUUUUCGGGCCACUGCUUCCACCACGUCGUGCUCGGCGUCUACUGCAACGGCCGCUACGGGUCGCUGGGCAUGAGCCGCCGCCAGGACCUGAUGGACAAGCCGCUGACUCACCGCACGCUGGGGGAGCUGGUGGCCGAGUUCGAGAGCUCCUACAAGCGAUACCAGCAUACUCUGAAAAAGGUGAAGAUCGGCCUGUAUGUGCCUCACGACCCCCACGUCUUCCAGCCAAUCGAGUGGAAGCAUUUGGUGCUGAACGCUGCCCGACUGGGACCUCAAGAGAUGAGGAAGGAGCUGGAGAAACACGGCCGAGACAUGAGGAUGAAGAUCCUCAAAUCAUCCAGUGCCCAGUCACCAAUCAAGGAGCGGAGCCGGGGGAAAUCCUUAUCGCCACGCCGACGACAGAUCAGUCCCCAGCGACGCUUCGCACAUCGCAGAGACAAAUCGCCGGCGUCGGUGGAGAGGAAACCUCCGGAGCUCAGCACUCUGAACGACGGAUACCAGAUCCGCAUCUGAUCCUCCUGCUUCACCUCACAGUCUUCUUUCAAUCCACCCUGCCUUCAUAUCCACCCUGAUCCGAGACCCGCCACCCCGUGUUUUCAGGAGAGGAGUCACUGCAGCACGGAGAGAAACUCGGCUGGAUUUUACUCACACCAGGUGGAUGAUAAAAACAAAAAAAGAGCUUUUGUGAGCAGGAACUGAAAGAACUUGUUAGAAACUCAAGACAGAAUGUGACAGUGGGGUCUGGUUUUUAAACCUAAAGGUGGUCACUGAACGGACUAAGAGUUCCUGACAACCGCUCUGACACUUUUCAACCGAGUAGCUUUAGAACUUACCCUCAAGUUCAGAAGAAGUUCUACCGAUUUAAACCCGGAUCAAAUCGACUGACGGGAGGAGAGUUGUUGAGUCCUGACAGUAGAUUUAUCCAAACUUUUCAGUAAUCCUUCAGAGACUGAGUGUCUCUGAGUCGUGCCUAAAAAAGAAACUAACUGUCCUGAUCAAAAGGAUUAUAAACAAUAUUUAAAAACUGAGUUUGUGCUUAAAUAAAAGACCCCCCAAAGACAUCGUAGAGUCGACUGAUCAGAGCGGGCGAGGCUAGAAUAAGAAGAGGACGUUCAAUAAAGUAUGCUGGGAAAUCAAAGCCUUAGAGAGUGGAUGGAGAGGAAACAGAGGGAUAAAAGAGACGAGGAGAGGAGAGGAGGAGACGAGGAGACGAUUCACUGCAGGAGAUCAGAGGGCGAUCAUUAGAGCACUGCGGCAAACCUCCUGUCCCCCCACCCUCUUCCUCUUCUGCUCCACUCUUUCUCCCUCUGUUGACACAAAACUAAACACAUGAACACCUCUAUGUCUCUACCAGAGCGUUCAGAAAGUUUAGGAACCCCCGGCUCUAGACAAAGAUGAGAGAGCAGGUUUGAGCACAAAUCAGUUUCUCUAAAGCCAAAACAAGUCACUCACGACAACUGUGGUUGACGAGGAGACGAUUCACUGCAGGUUUUAGUGGUGAGACAGGGCCAGCAGAAGGUGAGCAGAGCUUCGGCCAAACUCAGCUGCAGGCGACUCGUUUGUGUCACACAUUCAUCCAGCUGUCCUCACAUCUGGAGUUCAGCUGCAGCCGGUUAGUCCUCAGAGAGAGGCAGACCGGGAGUGGAGACAGAUGUCGAUGGCUAAGUGAGAACUAAACGCUCCAUUGAAGACAGAUUUAUUUGGCAGAGGCUCUGUGCAUACUGUCAGCGUGUCCGGACUGCAGCCUUACAGCCAAUCAGAGCUCUGAGGUGUCUUAUUGGUCACAAAAUGAGUUUUAAAAGUGUUAUUAAGACCUAUCAUGUUGUGAUCUAAACAAUUAAACAGACUUAUUUCUUUGUUCUUCUGUAACAUGAGGGUAAUCAUCCGCUCUGCUUUAUGUUGAAGAAUCAAAGCAGUGAAGUUUAACGUCAUACAGUUCUUUCAUGAUGUAUUCCACAGUUUCAGUUUUUGAGCAGGAGAUUUAAAAGAGGGACAGGAAAGCCACGAGUGUUUGAACCGUCCAAAAAUCCAAUCGAGUUUGAAUUUGAUUGUGUUUUUUUGUGUGUUUUUUUUCGGAUUCUCCUGUUGAGGCCUUCGAUGAAUCUCUCAGCUUGAGAUCUCCCGUCACGCUGAUAUCAAGGAUGAGGCAGUAAAUGUUGUUAAAGCUUGAAAUGAGAGAAACACUCUCAGAGAGAAGAACAUCACAUAUCAAAGCAUCGGUUCUUCUCACACUGUCGAACGCAGACACAGUUCAGAGGUUUGACGUUUUAUUCAUGUUUGAUUCAUCCACAGAAUGUAGUGUACAGGGAGAAGCCUUCAGACAACUCUACAGUCAGAUGUGUUUAAGUGAACAAAGACGAGCCCCUCCAGGAUAACAUCCAUAAAUUCAAAAGGCUACUUUAAGUGAAGUGAUGAUGAAACUUUUUCACUUUCCACUUCUUUAGUCUUCAUCUGAAGGAUUACCUUGAAGUAAAGUCUGUUUUUUGGUGUUACAUCUCUGUCCAUCCAAGCUGCACCAGGCAGGUUUUUGUCUGGAAAUGAUCGAACAUCAAUGUGACAGAAGACAAAAAGUCACUUUGUGAAGGCUCUAGUAGUGCUUUUGGAACAAUGUUUUUUAAGCCCGGCGUACACUGUGAGAUUGUAUAAGUCAGCUGGGAUGUCAGCUCACUCUGAACGACUGAAUCGUUUACGACGCACAACCACAGCUCACGAUUUAUGUGCUCAUCUGUAGGCUACAACCUGAGAGCUCAAGCUGUACGAGUUACAUCAGGACGGGCCAUUCACAAUUGUCGAUAGAUGUGAGUGUAUGUCAGCUGUCUUAAAUGCACGGCUCAAAUACACACACCAGCAGAGAGAGCCUCUCGUCUCUCUCACACACUCAGCAUCACCGAAAUACACGAGCAACAAAAUCACAACAAAUGUUCCCUGUCAGCUGGAGGUCAGCUGAUAUUUCCUGCCGAUGUUUCUUUCAUGAUUGGUGGAGGACAGAUUAAACAGGCAUGCCUGCUGUUGCCAUGGUGAUUUUGGACAUUGUCUGUCACUUCAUGUGCAGACACAGUCAGGAAAAGAGUUCGGAAGUAAGUCAGGGAAUCGACUCGUCGCUCUAAUGUCAACGUGCUAAUGUACGACCAAAAUAUCAAACAUGCAAGAAAAACAUCCGACCAUCUUAAGACUCAAAAAUCUUUUCUAAAUCCCCUGAAAUCAUACAGAGUACGCCCGGCUUAAGCUGUAACCAGGACAGGGAUGAGCCUUCUCUGUUGGUUUGAUGCUCUUGGUCCUUUCAUGAUUCGGUGGAGGAAGUUUAAAAUGGCACCAACAGAUCCACAGAAAGACAGCGAGCAGCCAUACAAAGGUGUUUCACUGGGUACCUUUGAAUGCUAAUAAGAAACCUGCCUGGUGCAACUUCUACGUCCCAUAUGACGGAGCAGAGAGGAUCUUUACAUGUCUGUAAACGUUGCCUCAUUCUUCUUCUCUUGUUUUUGUCUCAUGAUUUGUAAUCCAGAGGACUUCAGGAGUCCGAGCUCGGGAUUGUUUCUGAAUUCUGUCUUUUGAUUGUUUCAUCUCUUUUUCUUUGAAUGUUUCACGCUCACUGAACAAGUUUGUUUGUUGCCAACAUACAAAAGAAAAACCUUACAGACGUCAUCAUAUCCUGGCUUUUUGAUUCCCACAGUGAGCUAUGCACGCCCUGCGAGACAGCAGACUAAGACUAAAAAGAAAACACAGAAAUCCUCGUCUUCCACUCUUCAAAACAUGGAGGAGGAGGCUGUUUGUGGCUCGAUCUACACAAAAACAAAUCACAUUUUUUUUAAAUCUGCAAAGACAGAAAUGAUCAGAUAGCUCGACUCGCCCAGUUUUUAGCCGCUCAGAACUCGCAGCUCUUCUGUGUAGAUCCAGACGGAGCCAUCCUCACUGACUUUUCCUUUCUAUGUUUCUGAUGUUUGGCCAGCAGUGGACCAUAGCACAGCCCAGAGAGAGAGAGAGACCUGACUCUCACAUCUCCACCUCUGGCACCAAACAACCAGCUCGUAGUGUUCAUAUCUGAAUCGGAGGUUUUAGUGUUCAUCAGCUUUCAGGAGAAGCACAAAGCUGCUUUGAUUGUUCAGACUUCCUCAAAGUUCUCACAGAGGAACAGACAAAGAGUUUAACGCUCUGAAGUGGAAACAUAUCUUUGGAUUUCUUCCUUCAGGAAAGACUUACGCAGAUGUUCAGAUGUUCUGGAUGAUGUUUGAGUGUUUUCUGGAUCUUCACAAAAGCAGAUUCAACAUUUACAUUUUACAAAACAGACGAAAAACAACGGACUCUCUGGAUUAAAAGACAAACACGGACACUCCUCUUCUCGACAUUUCCCCAAACAACAGUUUAAAACAUGGACGUAGAGACGAUUAAAAACAACAACAGGAAACGCUGAACGUCAAUGUAGCGACUGGAAGCUGCUUUUUGUGACUGAAUGUGUUCUUUAUUGUGUUUCUGGUUUGACUUGUUGAAUCUGUUCGCUCAGAAGGUUUGGGUUCGGGUUCUUUGAUUGUACUCGAUCACUCUGAAUGAGAAGGAUUUGUUUUUAAAAAAAAGAACAUCUUGUGUUUGUAGCAGGUGUUUUUAUGGCCUUUUGAUUUGUUCCCAAAGUGCUGAUACCACGUUUCUCUAAUCAUGUCCGCCCUUCACCUACUCUCCUGUUAAUGUGAUCUAUAUUGAGCCACACGAGGGAACUUUUUACACGCUGGACAUUUGAGGUUAAGGAUACCUUGAAUCUCUUCACGCUCAAAUCAGCAGCCUUCAUAAUUUCAUCUCAGUAACUCCGGUCUCUCUUAUAAACACCGUUAGCAGACAUUAGCUGUGGAGAAGACCGAGCGAGACGAGUGAAAGAUCGACACGCAUCAAUGCAAUGUAUUCACUCCAUUUCCCCGUGAUAACGAGUAAUCUCUGAUUGUUUUCUCGAGGUCUCAACUUCUCAACAAAAAAACAAAAAUAGCCGUCAUCACGUCUUUGUGCAUUCUCACUGAUUCUGCGACGGCGUCAUAUUAGUGUCUGUGAAGUCUCAUUGCGUUCGACGUUGCAGAAGCGCGGCACAGCGGGAGCUCCACAUACACACACAGUCAGGUAUGCACCACACACACACACACACACACACACACACACCUCGCUGACUCAGCUGUAACGCCUCUGUUACCAAAGUCGGUUCAGAGGACGGUUCUAUUUGUCCCCCAAUUACGCCACAACAUUCAGAUUGAAGGUGAAACAGCACAGAGGCAUUAGUAUCGGCGGUCUGAAUUGGUUUUUAAAGUUGAUAGAAAAUAUCCCUUUAAUCAUGAGGAAACCAGCUCUGUUAUCUCAACGUUAUGAGAGAAGUUAUUCCACUAUGACGGGAAAAAAACAGCUUUGAUAUCCUGUGAUGACGAGAAAGUCGAGAUCUUGAGAAAACAACUCAGAUUAACGAGAGAGCCAGUUUUGAUGUCUAACAAACAGGAAGUGAAUCAUAUUGUGGGAAGAUGGAUUAAAUACAAUGUGUGGAUGGAUGUCCUAUUAAGGCUUCCGUAGAAUCUUUCCCUGGACAAAUAAAAGCUUUUUAUGUUUGAAUGACGUAAACAAAAUAGUUUUCUUUCCUCCCAAACAGCAGCCGAACAUUUAAAGCCCCUCAAGCAGAAAAAGAGUCAAAAUGGAGAAAUCAGCUGGACGUGAAAAACGUUGGACGUGAAGCAUCCAGUGUCUCAGCAGAGCGGCUUUAAUCAGAUCCAAACAGCUCGAGUUCAGUGGUUCAGUCAAAUCUGUUUUUGUCACCACACCACAGGAGAGGUCUGGUUUCCACUUCAAGAUGUCGACUGUUUGGAUGACUCCUCGUCCUUUAUUUUUUUAGUUUCUCCCUCCGGGUCGUUGCUUCAUCAUGUUCUGUUUCUCUUCUUUCAAACAUUAGGAAGGAAGAGACGGUCAAACUUUGGAGUCUGAUGUUGCAAAAAAAUCAGUGGGAUUUGUGUGUGUGUGUUUUUUUUGGGGGGGGGAGGGGAGGGCGCUGUUACAGCAUUCAACCAGCGUCUGUGAUCAAGGCGAGCUCACUGGACUGACAGGAGUGUAAAAAGUUGGACUGAGAAUCCCCCCGAGUGAUGAUUCGACUCAUAUUUUAUUUUUGGGAUUCUUAUUUUGAAAGGGCGUCGAUGCAGCUUCCUGUGGUUUUGUAUUCCUGUGGAGCUCAAUAAUCAGUACGAGGAGGUGUGACACGUCCCGGUCGUUAUUAUGAUUACUGUAACUCCUCCCACUGUGAUGAUGUCAGUGGUUUGAAAAGCAGCUGUUUUUACGGACAACUGUAGCAGCAUGUGUUUUAAUAAAGGAUCUAUGUUUUUAAAA